AUGUAUGCUGAUACAUUUAUAACAGCAAUAAAUUACGGAUAAGAAGAUAUUGCUUCAAUAAUGAUUAUAACAAUAAUAAUGGAAAUUUGUUAAUAAGAGAUUAAGGAAGUUAGUAAAAAGAGUAAAGCUUAUUAAGAUGAAAUUAAUAUUUAGAGGUCUGUAAAGAUGAAUCACAUUUUACAACAUUAUCAUUUGAUUUUAUUGUUGUUAUUACCUAUGGAAAUUUGA